GCUCCCUAGAAGCAAAUGCUUUUUCUCUUCACUGAAUCCAGCCUGAGGUCACAUCCCAGCAGUACAGCUUGGCAUGGAAAAUCUAUUUGGAGGAACUUGUGGCCAGGAGGGAAGAAUACAAUCAGACUGUGUGGUAGGCUUCGGCCACCAUCCGGGGGCCAGCCACUCCCGCCAGGCAAAUAUGUGUAUCAGCCCAUGACGCCCGUGGAGCAGCUCCCAAGCACCGAGAUCCCCGCGAGGCCCCGCGAACCCACAAACACCAUUCAGAUCUCAGUGUCGCUCACCGAACACUUUCUGAAAUUCGCUUCUGUCUUCCAGCCUCCCCUUCCCCCCGACUCGCCAAGGUACUGCAUGAUCUCAGACCUCUUCCUCGACAACUACCAGGUGAAGUGCAUUAACGGGAAGAUGUGCUACGUGCAGAAGCAGCCGGCACCGCACUCCCGCAAGAUGAGCCCCGAGGUCUCUGCACGCGAUGCCUUAAUUUCAGAAGCGAGCAGUACACCAAAAAUAGAUCAGUGCUCUUCUCCCUCCAGCUCUGAGGACUCCGGGAUCAACGCGAUCGGGGCUCACUAUGUGGAAUCGUGUGAUGAGGACACGGAGGAAGGAGCAGAACUGAGCUCAGAGGAAGACUACAGUCCAGAGAGCAGCUGGGAGCCGGACGAGUGCACCCUGCUUUCGCCAUCACAGUCUGACCUGGAAGUGAUUGAAACCAUAGAAACCACGGUGUGAGAGUCGGGAAGGAGCCAGACUCCAAUCCACGCCAGCUUUUGUACUUUUGUCUGAUGGAUCUCUUUCCAAUGCUGUUGAUAUUUCUACCCCUCUCUACCAACCAUAGCAGUUUGGUGGUCUGCUGAUUAGUGUCACUCUUACAUUAGUCUUAUAACUAAGACCUUUCUAUUACCAGCAGUUUUCUUUUGUAUCUUGACUCACUUUCUGUGUAGCAACUGGUGUCAUGAAUUUUGACCCAGCCUUAAUUUCACUGGGAACUUUUGAAAGCAGCGAAAUGGUGAUCACAGAGUAUCAUGGAUCAGAUGGAGGAGCCACCCAGGGUGAAGGCAACCGUAUUCCCCAAGUAGCCAGUCCUUUGCAGAGACUCUUGGCAUCCCCGUCCUGCUGGCCCCACGGGCCAGGCAGCUCAUGAUCAGUGCCGUUCCUUCCCUUUUUCCCCUCUCCCUGCCCCUGUUCUGGGUCUAGCCCAGAGGUGCCCACUUCCUUCUAGGCGCUUCCUGGAGGACAGUUUGGCUUCUGGUGAUGGCCACUGUCCGCGGAGCCCUCCAUGACGGGGGCAGAGCUAGACCUUGCCGUAUGGAGAGAGGAUGCUUCAGUUCCGGGCUUGCUACAGCUGCAGGUGAAUGUCUGCACGCAGUGGGGGGCUGCGGUACAGGAGUAGGACCCGAUUCCCACUGGGAAGGGGCCCUCAUUCCCACACCUAGCAGUACCCACAAUGCUCUGGGAACCCAGGGGAAGGGCAGAUGGACUUGGCUUUGGCCAUGACGUUUCAGUUGGCCUCUCCGGUGGAUUCCUCAUCUUCUCUGCUUAAUUGUUCUUCAAAUCUGAGGAAAACUUUUAGGAAGUUCUUUAGGUAUUGUAUUUAGGAGGCAGCCACUUUUGACAUCUUAAAACAAUAGUUUUAGUUAGCAUGGAAAUGCUAAAAGACAGAAGUCCUAUAGGAAUUAGGAAUGAAUCUAAUAGGUUUGAUUAAUUCUGCUUCAUUUGGUUGUAUGAAGCAUUAGAAUGGCUUUAGGUGAGAAAUGGAUUAGAAUUCAGUAUGAUGCAUGGAUUUUUUAUGCAAUGCAAAAGCAGUUGAAAUAGUUCACUGCUAAGUCAUGAGAAAAUAUUUUGGGUAAUCACUAAUAUUCCCAAUCCAUUGUAUGUUUUCUUUCAUAUGUACAACAUAGUGAAUAAUUUAUUUUGUUCCCUUCAGAAUUUUACUCCUAAUCUCCAUCUAGACCACGUUAGUUGGUUUUCUGCCAUUUCUCCAAAUCUUCUAUACACAAGGCAUAGUUAAGAAUCCAGAAGUUUUAAAUAUGGCCUGAGGAAGUGACAGCCACCAAGUUGGAGAGAACACUUCCGUCCUAGCUCUGUUCGCGUGCUCCUGUGGCGUAUCUCGUGCUGUCAGCAUUGUGACACAUCUCUUCUGUGUCACCGUAGUGUGCAGUGUAGGAAAGCAGAGGAGGCUCACGGCAUCGUCACUGAAGCCUCUGGUAUUCUCCACAAACCACUCGAGGGGGGACCCGCUUUCCUAGUUGUACGUACAGCUGGAGUGAUUUACUGAAUGUGGUGAGGUUAAGGUCCCCAAAACACCCAUAGGGUUUAGAAGGCGGAAUAGGUGUUUUCCUUUGAAAAGUGUUAAAACUUUGUGGUAGACAAGACAGCAGCCUAAGGUUCCCACUUACUGAAAUUGAAAGGCUCAACAAGUCAAACCAAGAAGGUGGUGAGAGGAGCUCAGGGAGUGAGGCAGAGGGCAGAUGGAUGGGGUGGGAGCUGGAGGCGUUUCCCUGCCACCCUGGCCUGGGGGCCUGGGGCUGUCUGAUGAGCGUAACCUGCAGUUCAUGCUCAGGGCUAUACCUGCAACUCUGCGCCUUGUCUAGUGGCCCAUUGGGCGAGUGCUGAAUCCCCUGCUGCAGAGGGUGUCUUCUCUAUGCCAUCCCCAAGGGCUAUCCUGGGCCCACAGCCACACCCAUUAGACCAAGUAGAGUCAACAGUCAAGUCUCCCAGCCAUGGAAAUGUGGUGCAUGUUCGCAUCAGCCUUGGGCCUUCACUAGUAACACCGGUGACUUUUGUCCAGGUUCCUGUUUUUUAACCUCUCAACCUGCCACUCAGAGUAGCCACAUUUUAAUGGAAUUUUUGGAUUUAAUGAUUGAUAAUCACUUCAAAUAUUUGCACAAUCUCUUUAUAAUUAAAACUAAGCUUCACCUAAUAUUUUAUAGAAUUGGAGAUGUUCCAUAGGGUUCUAAAUAUUAGAUACUCCUGGAUCUCAAAACAGCCUUUUCCAAAUAAGCACAAGCAAGAAUUCCUUUUCUCCUAGCACUGUUAAUAGUGAUAAUUCUCUGAAAUAUGGUUGAACUGGACUUGUUUAUGCUUGCAUUCUGAAAUAACUACAGAUUUAAAAGUGUGUACUUUCAACUUAAAUCCUAGGCCUAUUCUGUUCCAUAUUAAAGGAAUUCCUCUAUAAUCCUGAUAUACUGCUAAUUUGCAUAAGCAUAUUUAUAGGCACUUUAGAAAUAGACUGCAAUGUGUACUAUAGACAUUAAGCACAGUCAUGUUACAUAAGCUUUUGAUUAAUACCUGUACAGUGAGAUGCGAUAGCUUUAUCAUUUGGACCUAGGGUGCUCACUUGGAGAGCAGGAUGGUCCUGUGGGUGGAUGAACUGCUCUCUUGGGUGUUUGUGGAAACUGGCACUGUUCCCCUUUUUAGAAAGUUGAUCCCUCCAAAUGUGGAACUUAGCUUUCUUCUCUAACCAGGAUUUUAGAAUUUAAACUUCAAAAAUGCUUUUGUGAUUAUAACCAUUUAGUACAGUAAGGCUUUAAUAUCGAAUUUAGGUAUUUUUUACAUUAUAAUUUUAAGGAAUAAAUUGAAUACAUUUAAGGAAAGGUAUAAAUUUAAGCAAAUUUGAGGAAAUCUUUUUAAAAAAGUUGACUUGCAUUUCAAGGGAAUACA